CCCGCUGUACGGCAUCGCAUUGUGGGGGGCCUACGGCGUUGCUAUAUCUACUACGCUUGAUUGAGAAGCCGUGCUCAGAUCUGCUUUAGCUUCAGGACACUAAGGAUUUCAUCAGUUUCAUUACUGCCGAGCGACACACGUUUUGUUCAACACAAUCAGGAAUGGAAUUCUGUCCGAAGAUGAGCUGCUGGACUGCGCGCACUGUUCUUCUGGUGACCUUUGUGGUUUUGCUAAUUCAUCAGGACAGCCAGCAAAAUGUCGCCAGCGCCUCUCCUACCCCUGUCAUUGGCUUUGAAGAUUACUCUGAAGGUAGGGUUAAUGCCAAUUCGAUACAGUUUGAGAAAUUCGAUUUUGCUGGAUUAGAUGAUGAUCGUCUUAACGUCGAACAGCCCAGCCUCUACGAGUUGUUACUUCAGCGUGAAUUGCUGGCAGACAAAUUGGAUUCAGAAGGCCGUGGCCAUUUCGUCGUCCGGAAAUCCGACCGUUCACCAUCACUUCGCCGGCUCUUUUGCUUUGCAAGUAUAACCUGCAAAAUGUUGUUGGCAGAGAAAAAAGGUCCAGUUCCUGUUAAUGAGACUGAAAUAGGAGAACUUGUUAAUGUCUCAAGGUUAAAAGAAGAUCUUCAGAAAGGAUUUGAUCAACUCAAGAGUGACUAUAUGAAACAUUUGUCUUUGCGCUCAGCAUCUGGGUCAAUUGAGAACCUUCAAGUUAACUUUGAAGGAGAAACUUAUACACUUCAAGAAAUUGCGCAGAUUGGAAGGAAGGGAUCCCAACUAAUAGUAGUCAAUUUAUCAGGCUUUCCAACAGUAAUGAAAGAUGUCCUAAAAGCUAUUAAUGAUUCUGGAAUGGGUCUGAACCCACAACAGGAUGGGACAACAAUUUUCAUCCCUGUUCCUAAAGUUACAAAAGAGUAUCGUGAAAGUCUUGCCAAAAAUGCAAAGAUUUUGUUCCAGAAAUUUAAGGAUCACUGCCGAGACAUACAAAAUAAAUACAUCCGGGAAGUAAAGAAAAAAGAAAAGGAAGUCUCUUCUGAUCUAGCACACUCUGUUCAGCAACAAAUUCACAGCAUGGCUGAGCUGUAUGUUUCUGAAGGUGAAAAAGUCAUGAUUGAUAAACAAAAUGAGCUGUUAGGGAAGGAUUAAAAUUUCCUAAUUGUGAAAUAAUUGCCAUGUUGUCUCAAUCUGUAACUCAUUUUCUUCUUAGUAAGUAUAAUCUUUGAACAACACUA